AUGAGCAGAGGCAGUACCAACAACAAGAUAGGCAAAGGGCUGGUGACCGCUGCUGUGAAACUAAACACGUUGUGGGGUUGUGUGGCUGAAAUAGAAACAGAGCUGAUACUUGACGUUCUGCUUAAAUGGCCGGUGAGGAGACCACUGCCCAGAACCAGCAGGCCGUCUGGUUUGCUACCAAUGACCCUACUUCCAGUCCCUGGGAGCAGAGGAAUGAAAACCACAAAAAUCAGACAUGUGUUGGCCGCUGUACUUGUUGUCGUUGGAGCGCCAGUUGCCACGAGAACCACUUCUGUUACGGCUAAAAUUGAGGUUGUGCUGCUGCUGGGUAAGAUGAGCAUAGGGCAGUGGAGUGCGAAGUAUCUGAAUUCUUGUAGCCCAAAUAAAGAUGAUGUCCUUGAUGUUUUGAGUGAAUUUGAUGAGGUUGUUGUUUACAAUGUGACUUUGAAAGUUUUUAGGAAAGCAAGAGAUUUGGAUAAAGCCGAGAAGUUGUUCGAUGAGAUGCUUGAGAGAGGUGUUAAGCCUGAUAAUUUUACGUUUUCGACAAUAAUUAGUUGUGCUAGGUUGUGUAAUUUAGCUGAUAAGGCAGUUGAGUGGUUUGAGAAAAUGCCGAGUUUUGGGCUUGAACCUGACGAUGUUACCUUUUCGACUAUGAUUGAUUCGUAUGGGCGGGCUGGUAAUGUUGAAAAGGCAUUGAGCUUGUAUGACCGUGCUAGAACGGGGGAGUGGCGGCUAGAUGCAACGCCGUUCUCUACAUUGAUUAGGAUUUAUAAGGUUGCUAGGAAUUUUGAUGGGUGUUUGAAUUUUUAUGAAGAAAUGAAGGCUUUAGGUGUUAAGCCAAACCUGGUCAUAUACAAAAUUUUGUUAGAUGACAUGGGAAGAGCCAAGAGGCCUUGGCAGGUGAAGAAAUUCUAUCAGGAUAUAAUUGACAAUGGGUUGUCACCAAGUUUUGUGACAUAUGCAGCUCUUCUGCAUGCGUAUGGUAGAGCUCGUUAUGGAGACGAUGCGUUUAAAAUUUAUAGGGAAAUGAAGGAAAAGGGGUUUGGGAUUGAAUGUAGUUCUUUAUAA